UGUGAAUCUGCCAUUAUCUAUCUUUUUGAUCAUGAUGUUAGCUAUAGGCUGUAGUAGAUUGUGGCUAAUAUCGUGAACGUAGUUACAGACAUUUGGUACAAAAUGUUAUCGAGAUUGGCUCUUCGCAAUGCUCAAUUAUUACCAAUGGCUAUGCGUGGAGCGCAAAGCGCUUCUUCAGUAGCAACAGAACCUACUCGUCCCAAACGUUUGAUUGAUCCAUCUCCAGUUAGGCAUGGAUUCAUACCUGAGGAAUGGUUUCAAGCUUUCUAUUCAAAAACUGGUGCAUCAGGGCCAUACGUAUUUGCUAUAACUGUGGGCACUUAUUUAUGUUCAAAAGAAAUUUAUGUUAUGGAGCAUGAGUAUUAUAAUGGUCUGUCUCUGUUAAUAAUAUAUAUAGCAGGUGUAAAAAUGUUUGGUCCAAAAGUAGCUGAAUACUUGGACAAGGAAGUAGAUAAAUACAAUGAUAAUCUUGACGAAUCUAGAAACAACCAAAUAGCUCAAUAUGAGGACUCAAUUACACAAGAGAAAAAAGAGCAAUGGAGCCUAGAUGGCCAGAAAAUGAUAAUGGAAAUUAAAAAAGAGAAUAUUAAGAUGCAACUGGAAGCAACUUAUAGGGAACGUUUGGUGCAAGUCUAUCAAGAGGUGAAGAAGCGUCUCGACUACCAAGUGCAAAUACAAAAUCUCGAACGACGAAUCGCACAGAAGCAUAUGGUCCAAUGGAUUGUGAACGGAGUAUUGAAAGCCAUCACUCCCGAUCAGGAGAAGGCAACCCUUCAACAGUGCAUCAAAGAUCUUGAAGCUCUCGCUGCGAAAGCGUAAAGUGUCGCUAAAUAAUAAUUUAGAUGAAAUAGAAAUAUGAUAGAGUAAGAGAAGGCGUCUGUCAGUAAAUUGUCUAUCUCUAUCGAAUAUUGUUUCUGAAUCGUCGGAAUCAUCAAGUGUUGUAAAUGAAUAAAUGCCAUCUUGCAAUAUUUACAGUGUAAAUUGAUUUUUGUUAACAAUAUUAUGGAGAAUUGUAAAUUUGGAUAAACGUCAGUUAUUAAAAUGAUAAAUUAAUAA